UUUCGUUCAACUGUGUGCUGCCAGACAUUUUGAAGAUAUCCGUUGAGCAUCGUUUCCAAAGUGCAAGUAUCAUUGUGAUUAUUUACUUCACUAAUUACAUUUAUCUCAAUUCACACAGCUUCAAACCCCAAGACCUCUGAUCCCAUUUGUCAAAAGGCUUUUCAACUUCUGGGAAAGUUUGUUGACAUUGAGGUAACUGCAGAGAUCCCCAUGACACUGACAGGAAGAACUCUUUUUGGACUGUUUCUCUUCAUACCAGGUCUUCUGUCUGUGAACAUGAUGAAUUUCACCUGUGCAAAGUUGACUAUCUGUGCAUUACAGGGACAAACUGUGAAAGUAAGAUGCCUCCAUCAAACAACUACCAAAAGUAAAUACCAACACCUCUACUGGUUUAAAAAAAAACAGAUGUGGAAAUGGAGGAACAAGAGUAUACCUGAGGACCUCUCCACAGACCCAGAAUAUAAAGGUCGUUUGACGUUUGGUGGCAGAUCUUUCCUUGAAAUAAGAGAUAUUAGAAAGAGUGAUGAGGGUGUCUACCGCUUUAGAUUUAAGGCAGAGUCCUCUGGAUGGAUAAAUAGUGUACCUGGAAUCAAGUUGAUUGUCACAAGUCUGCAGAUAAAGAAGGAUUCUGUGACAAAUGGACAGGGGGUGAAACUGACCUGUACCACUAACUGCACUCUGAGUGACGACCCCACCUACAUCUGGUACAAGAACGCUAAAAUGGUUCCAUACACCAACACCUUCAGCCUGUCCCUCAACUCAUUCAAUAGCAGGUAUACAGGCAGCUACUCCUGUGCUAUAAAGGGCUAUGAGGAUCUCCGUGCUCCUGCAGUGUGUCUACAAAGAAACUGUUUGGAUGUGAGUUACACCCCCAAGACAAUCUGUGGCUUCCCUGGGUCAUAUGUAGACCUACCUUGCACUUACACAUUCCCCAGAGGUCUCGAUAUCUCAGAGACACUUUGGGUGAAUAGUACAGACCUCAGAAUGGAGCCUGAAGAUCUGACUCGGCACCCGGAGUAUGUGGGUCGUGUGGAAUAUCGUGGCAACGGUAGUGACUGCACCCUGAGAAUCACAGAUUUGAGAAAGAGCGACUCGUCCAAGUACAGGUUCCUGUUAAAAACGCAAGGGACUUACUUCAAUUCGCCAGCGGUCUCCCUGUCUGUCACAGACUUAUAUGUGCAUGUAUAUCCUGACGUCGUGGACCAAGGAGCCUCUGUGUCGAUCUGGUGUCAUACCCAGUGUGGUCUUCCGCAAGGCUUUGGGGGCUUCAUCUUGUACAAAGACGGACAACGCAUAACCAGCCCAAAUGGUGAAAAAGGUUACAUAACAAUCCACACAGUCAGCAGUGAGGAUGCAGGUAGCUACUCCUGUGCACUGAUUGGUCAGGAGAAGUUACCCUCCCUGGAAGCUACACUCACCGUCACUGAAGGACCAGUGUCUGUGUUAUUUUUUGUUCUGGUGGUGGUGGUUCUCCUGACUGUCGCAGCUCUUCUGGUCUUUACCUUUAGCACACUGAAAAGGAGAAACGUGGGAGGGCAUGAUAUUAGAAUGAACGUCCAAACUGUCAAUAAUGAUGGCGCUCAUCUAGAUGUCAGUAGGAGGGAGAGCUCCCCCAACUAUGAAAACGUUGAACAUAUCUAUGCGGACCCAGAUGAGUUUGAUGACACGUACACAGCUCUUCGGCGGGGGCAUUGGCACUCCGUGUAUGACAUCAUCCAGAGGAGGGAGUCACCACAGAACCUGGACUAAGACUCAUCCAGAGUCUUACAAGUAUCUGGGGUGGAUACGGGGGUAGAUAUGGUGGGAACAUGUGGGUGUGAGCAUGUGUGAUGUCAUUAAUGUUUGUGGAAAUGUAUGUAAAAGUUACGUUUUUUAUUGUUUAUUGUAAAAAAAAUAAAAAAAAUAAAAAGAAUAAUACAUAAAUAAAUAAAUAUAUAGUACCAGUCAAAAGUUGAUUUAUUUGACUAUUUUCUACACUAUAGAAUAAU